AUGAUGAGUUUCGUAAAAGUAACAAACGCCUUGCCUAUAAUGCUUUUACUCGGACUAAUUAAUAUUUCUAGUACGGAAAUUGUAACUUCUAGUGAUCGAAUAGAGUUAGUUUUACCAGUAUUAGCACCACCUAUGAAUUCAAGAGCGAGAGUCACAGAGACCGCAAAAGACUACCCGGUAUUAUGGCUACUAGCUAAUAAUAAUAUCAGCAAAAAAGAAGAAGUUAGAAGUGGUACAGAGUCACAACCUAUUUAUGUUGAGAGACUUGAAGAAAGAAUAAAUCCCAGACAUGCAGUUAUAUAA